AUUCAUCAGCUGUUUGUUUAGCGGGGCGCUUAGUACAUUUUCGUCCGGAAUCAACUCCAUGGCUGCCAAUACUGUAGAGGACAUUCUUGGUGACUGUGUAAAGAAUUCGAAAAGGAUUUCACAAACAUCAGUAGCAAAGCUAUUUGUGAUCAUGUACGGGCUGACGGUUAUUGGAUUGGCUUAUGGUAUCAACUCUAUGUCUGGUUCAGUUAUACAGAUGACGGGUGUCGUGUUUGGGGCGUGCGGUGGACCGUUGGGAGGGCUUUUCUUUCUUGGCGGAAUGAUGCCCAAGGCAAACUGGAUAGGAGCUAUUGUUGGCAGCAUGACAGCUCUAAUCUUCGACAUAUGGAUAGCAGUUGGAGCCCAGUUAUAUGGGAAGCGGCCGGUUAAAUUAAUCCAGAACCCUAUCAGUGGGUGUUUCCCCAACAACCUCACGGUAGCAAUGAAUGCGUCGUUGGUGAACAUUUAUAACACAACGAUGACUUCUACUCCGUACGAUGAAGGUGGACACAUAAGCAUGCCAUCAAAUAGUCAAGUCACGUGA